CGCAGAAUCCACGGACGAACGGACGAGGUAGAACGCGUUGUAAGCCGACCUCGUUCAACUUUCGAGGAGGGUGUCAGCGGAUUUAAGGCUGUUAUUAUAGGUUUGCGGGAGCAUUAACGAAGGAAUUUUGGUGGUGAAGACUGAGCGAGGAGAUGGGCGAUCAUGUGGUGUUGCACAUUGACCGGCUGACGACGAUAAGGAAGGAAGGUUCUACGUCUUCAGCAGAAGCUGCCCGUGGUUCAGAUCGAACGCUUUCUGCCGCUCCGGUUGCCAGCUCUGGUGACAAGAAGGUAGAGGAGAAGGACAACAAGGUUGGUGAGGAAGAGGAGCCUCUAAUUCAGAUGGUUGACUGCCGUAUAUGCCAAGAUGAGGAUCAUAUCAAAAACUUGGAGGCCCCUUGCGCUUGCAGUGGCAGCUUAAAGUAUGCUCAUAGGGCAUGUGUGCAGCAUUGGUGCAAUGAGAAGGGUGAUAUAACAUGUGAGAUCUGCCAUGAGCAAUACAAACCUGGGUACACUGCUCCGCCACAAGUCCACCCUACUGAUGCCGCAAUUGAUAUUAAUGGUGGUUGGAUAAUUACAGGUUCUCCUUUGGAUUUGCAUGACCCACGUAUACUGGCAAUGGCAGCAGCACAGCGCCACUUAGUUGAAGAUGAAUAUGACGAAUAUGCACCAAAUGCUAGUGGUGCUGCUUUUUUCCGCUCUGCUGCUCUAAUAUUAAUAAUUCUAUUGCUGUUGAGGCAUUCAUUGACCAUUACUAAUGCUGAUGGAGAUGAUGAUGAUGCUUCCACCUACUUUUCACUUUUUCUUUUACGGGUUGCUGGAUUUUUGCUUCCAUGUUACAUCAUGGCUUGGGCCAUAAGUAUCUUGCAACAUCGAAGGCAAAGACAGGAAGCAGCUGCCUUAGCAGCAACCGAAGUGGCAUUCAUACUGCAGUCUGGACGUCGACAGGGCUUGCACCUCACAUUAGCACCAGAAUCCCCCGCUACUCCCCAACAAGAACCACAUCAGCAGCAGUUAUAGCUGGAAACCUCCUUUCAUUAGGCUAUAAGUUGAUCCAAAACAGAAUUUUGGUCCAUUUGUGUCAAGACUUUGUCAUCUGAGCCACAGGUUGAUGACUGAGAUCAAUAAUCUUUCUCUUCAUGCAUGUGAUUCCCCUGGGAUCACAUGAUUAAAAGGAAAUAAAGCUAUCUUUCAUUCCUC